UUCAAUCAAAGGUCACAGGAGCACACCUGCUUACAUUCUACACAAGUCAACCAGGAAGAAGAAUAAGUCAAUUUCAUUAUAGUUCGAACAAACCAUGGCACUACAUCAUGACCUCAGCCUGUGGCAGAAAGUUUUACUGGGGAUACUUUGCUUCCCAUUUCUUCCCAUCUACCUAUGUGUCUACUGCCUGUGCCUCAAAGAAGAUGACAAAGAAAAUGAUUUGGAAAAAGGUCGCCAAGAUACAUCAGCUCACGCAGGCAAGGCCCAGACUCAACAAAAGCUCAGCAGCAAGAAGUUAUCAAUUCGUAACAAAGCAGGUCACACAGGAGAUGCCCAGAUCAAGCCAAAACGUAAUAGCCUAAAAUUAUCAUUUCGCAACAAAGGCAAUCAAGAAGCUGCCAGUAUAGUUCCAAAGGACAAAGACAUAAAGUUUCCAGUCAUCAAUAAAGGCUUCCAGAAUGACGAAGAGAGUAACAAUGUGAAGAAUGGACAAUAUGAUAACAACAAUCACCUUCAGGAGAAAAAGAAAAGAAAGGACAUUUAUGCUCGGACCUUCAAAUAUCCCUGGGACAAGUCAUGUCUGAAGUCUCUCCCACUGGACCUGAAGACGUUUGAAAAGUUGGACAAUUAUUCCUCAAAGGUGAUUGGCAAAGGAUCCAUUGAAACAUUAGUUAAGGAGCUUCUUCGUGAUGUGUCAACCGAUUUGGGGAAAACUCGAGCUAUCUGGAUAUGGAUAUGUCACCAUAUAGAGUAUGACAUAGUGGGUUAUAAAAAUGAACACCUGCGAUCUUCAGAUCCUAAAGACGUAUUUAAGACGAGAAAGGGCGUAUGUGCUGGGUACUCUUCUCUCUUUGAACAUAUGUGCAGCAUUGCUGGUGUGCAGUGUAAAACUGUGAGCGGUUACGGCAAGGGUAUGUCAUACCAGGUAGGACAGAAUAUUACUGAAGAUUCUAGUCACGCCUGGAAUAUGGUCUAUUUGGAAGGAGGUUGGCAUUUGCUGGACAGCACUUGGGGAACAGGAACUUGCAAUAAUAACAUAUUUUCGUUUAAAUACAAUGAGUUCUAUUUCCUGACACAUCCAGCACUGUUCAUUGAAGAUCAUUUACCCGAAAAUUCAGAUUGCCAGUUACUGGAGCCACGCAUUUCUCAAAAGCACUUUGAGCAGAUUGUAUAUCGUACACCAUAUUUUUAUAACCUGGGGCUGUUGUUCUCUGAACCUGACACAGUGAUCAUUGAAACAGUGAAAGGAAUGGCCUCUAUUGUCAUCGAGAGCAGCUCCCGUGUGCUAUAUCUUUUUGACCUAAAUGAAACAGAAAAAACAGGUUUUGUGCGGCUAAUGGAAUGCAAGGCAACAUUUUUUAUUUAUCCUGAGAAGACUGGAAAACAUAAACUCAACAUUUAUGCAAAAUCACAUGAUUCAGAGGGAGAUUAUCACUGUGUUUUAAGUUAUGUGGUAGAUUGUAAAUCUAUAGACACCUCCAUGAAGAUCCCUAAGUGUCUCCGAAUACCUGCAGGUCCAAGUUGGUUAUCAGAGAAAGCAGGACUUUUUCAGCCCUCUCACCCAGACCCAAUAAUUUACACUAAGAAUGGCUCUUUCACUAUCAGCUUCACAGUAAAGCAGGAUUUGAGUCUAUUUUGUACCUUGAACUCUGAUGACCUGCAGAUGACUUCAGAGAUGCAGCAUAGACACAUCUUCCAAACACAAAAAGAAGAAAGUGUGGAGUUUAAAGUUCGUCUUCCUCAAUCAGGAACCUUUGUUCUAAGUGUGAACAUUAAGGAUAAAAACAGUGAGGUAUAUACAUCUAGAUGCAACUAUCUCGUCAUAUGCUCUAAUCCAGGUGUUCGUUGGCCAGAGUUCCCCUUGACUUAUUCAGACUGGGCCAAACACUAUGACUUGGUGGAACCUUUAGAUGGAAUUUUACCCAAAAAUAGCAAUGUAUUCUUCAAGCUCCAGAUUCCUGAUGUGGCUGGAGUCACUGUAGAUCGCAAAGACUCAUUUCCUUUGACUCUCAAUAACCAGGGAUACUGGGAAGGAACAGCAAGAACAGACGAUUGUAAAGAACUCUAUGUUACUGUUAAUUAUAAAGAACAACCAAAGAAAAGGAUGUAUGUGUUACAAUACCAGGUACAGUGAAGAAUGAGACUAUUGAUACAUAUGUCAGAAGAUGGAUGGUAAGCAAUACAAGUUGGAACAGUUUUUGGGUCAGAUGACCAAUCUCUAGACAUUUUUCCUUAUGUAAUAAU